AGCGCCACAGAAUUCGAACACCCCGUGUGUGUAUGUGUUCACGAGCGCGUGGAAAUAGCGCAUCUUCAUCUUCUGUAAACACAAUUGAAUGCUGAGAUUUAAGUGAAGCGUCACUUCAGUUCAGUGAGCACAUGAGAUGGUUUAAGGAUCUUCUGCAGUAACAAAAUCCCUGGGGCAACCAGAGUGGAGAAAUGGCAAGCGAGAAGACUUCACAAGCCGAAGAUGUCCGAUCUUCCAGAGUCAUCAGGGUGGUUUUCUUGGCUUUGCUGCUUGACCUUCUAGGUUUCACAUUAAUUCUUCCCCUGCUGCCUUCAAUCCUGGACCAUUACAGUCAAACAGGGGACAGCAUGUAUCACACACUACAGAGCGUAGUGGACUGGUUUAGAGGGGCUGUGGGAGUUCCAAUGGAAACAAAAUAUAACAGCGUUCUUUUCGGAGGUCUGAUCGGUUCGCUCUACUCUUUUCUACAAUUUCUGUCAUCGCCCAUCACUGGGGCUCUUUCAGAUGAUUAUGGAAGAAAACCAUUGCUGCUUCUAACAACUGUGGGCCUCAUGGCCUCCUACAUACUAUGGGCUUUAUCUCACAGUUUUAGCAUCUUCCUCCUGUCUCGGGUAGUCGGUGGGAUUUGUAAGGGUAAUGUCAGUCUGUGCACUGCUAUUGUGGCUGACCUGCCCUGCCCUAAAGCAAGAAGCAAGGGAAUGGCAAUGAUUGGUGUUGCUUUCUCUUUGGGGUUCACAUUGGGGCCGUUAAUGGGAGCAUAUUUCGCUCUGAGGCGCAAAGACGCCGAGAUGUUUUAUCAAGGACCCGCCUUGCUGGCCGUCCUGUUUUCUUUAGCAGAUCUGCUUUUCAUUUUCUUCACACUGCCAGAGACUUUUCAGAAGGACAACAAGGGAUCAUCAGGAACUCCAGGCAUUCAACAAUCCGGAGAUCUUCUUCACCCUGCAGCACUUUUCAAUUUCACUGCAGUCACAAGAACAGAAAAUCCACCCUCUGAACAAAGAAUGCAAAAUCUGAAAAGGCUCGGACUGGUCUAUUUCACAUAUCUGUUUCUUUUCUCCGGGUUGGAAUUCACCCUGAGUUUCUUAACACACCAGCGCUUCCAGUUUUCCAGCAUGCAGCAGGGUAAAAUGUUCUUUUUUAUCGGCAUAACCAUGGCUGUGAUCCAGGGCGGCUAUGCCCGCAGGAUCAAACCUGAUCAUCAGAUCCAGACUGUUAGCGUGGCGAUUGUAUUGCUUAUACCGGCCUUUCUGCUUAUUGGAAUGGCAUGGAAUUUGACACUUCUCUAUUCUGGCUUGUUUUUGUACUCCUUUGCUGCUGCCAUCGUUGUUCCUUGCCUUUCAGCGCAAGUUUCUGGGCAUGGCUCAUCUAGUCAGAAGGGAACAGUAAUGGGAAUCCUUCGGAGUCUUGGAGCUUUAGCUCGUGCACUGGGCCCUACUGUGGCUUCAUCAGUGUACUGGUUGGCUGGACCAGAAGUAUGCUUUAUGUUGAGUUCAGCUUCACUUAUAGUGCCUCUGAUUUUACUGAACAGACUAAAAAGACAGAAGGAGGAAUAAAACAUGCAGUCUUAGUCUGAUCAGACCUCUGACACUGUUACAUAUAUGCAUUUGGCAGAUGCUUGGCAGUGACUUCAAUCUGUACAUUUUGUUUUAGCGGUAUGUGUGUUUUCUGGGAAUCGAACCCAUGACCUUUGCACUGUUAACACGAUGCUAUACCAAAUGAGCAACAGGACCACUUGUUAACCAUCUGAAAUGUGUGCAGUAUUUAAGAAAAACAAUAUAAGGUACUAUUAGCAGAGCCUAGAAUCAUUAUAGACAUAUAGUGUGUUAGGAUAUUACGAUACUAUUUUUUUUACAACAUUUUAUUACCAUGAAGAUGUUUUACAACACUUUAUUAUGUUUAUAUAAAUAUACUACUGAAAUAAAAUAUAUGGGGAUGCUUGGAUUAUUUUUUUUUUUGAGACUGAAUGUAACUUUUCAAUCGUAUUUGUUUUUUUUUAAAAUAAACAUGAACCUCA